AUGGAGAGGAAAGAAUACCAGUGCAAGAAGUGCCGUUUACACGGUGUGGACGUGCCCCUCAAGGGCCACAAGGGAACUUGCCCCUGGGAAGAGUGCUUCUGCGACAAGUGCCAGCAGGUCAGCAGCUAUAGGAGACAACAUAUGCUGGACGGUCGGAGGAACGGUAGUGAAAACGAGCUGACAGCCGCCGACGUAAUUGGCAUCGCCAAUCGUCACAGGAAAGUCCCCGAGACUCUCAGCGCAACAAAGAGGGUCGCCCAGAAGCAGCAGGCAAGGGGCGUGAGGAAUGAACCGAUGUAUGCGAUAAUGAACCGGUCCAUGGUGGAGUUGGCAGGAACGACACCGACCGGCAACCCAGUCCACCACUUGCGGAACGCGAUGUCGGACUUUACUGCGACCAAACAGGCGACGUCCAAGACCAAGGGGGCGGGGAGUAAGUACACCUACACCUCGACGGAGAUGUACAAGGGGUAUCCUCCCCGCCAGGCAGACGACGGCGCGGGUCCCAGCAGCAGGAGUCAUCCUUGGGAGGAUGACUACCGCAGUCCAAGCUCAUCUUGCGCCCCAACCUCAGCUCGCGCCCCGACCUCAGCUCGCGCCCCUACCUCAGCUCGCGCCCCGACCUCAGCUCGCGCCCCGACCUCAGCUCGCGCCCCGACCUCAGCUCGCGCCCCGACCUCAGCUCGCGCCCCGACCUCAGCUCGCGCCCCGACCUCAGCUCGCGCCCCGACCUCAGCUCGCGCCCCGACCUCAGCUCGCGCCCCGACCUCAGCUGACGUCGAAAACGAUGUCAGAACGCUGAUGGAAUUGUUUCCGGGCGCCCAGGACAGUCUGGGCCAGAACGCCCUGAUGGACAUCAGGGCCGGCUCCGACACCAUGGAGAGUGCCGUGGAUCGCAUUAUUAGUAUUCUACAACCGAAUACACCCUCGCCGGAGCGCAAGUGCCCAUCCAGAGUGUCGAAGCUGACCACCAUGUUCCCUCAGGUUUCCAAGGUUCUGCUUAGGAAGAUCAGCCAGCAGGCUGAGAACACCCCGGCGGCAGAAGAGACCGUCAGGCGGCUGUUCACCUCACCCCAGGGCAGGGACGCGGAGAUUCGGCCGACGCCAUCCUGCCACAACACACCGCGAGUCAAGCGGAGGAAGCUUUUCGGAAGGAAGGAAACCGAACCCCAAAGUCUGACCAUCCGGCGGGGAUCCUAA